CACUACCUAAAGUCACACAGGCGUAGGACAGUGCAGGGAGAAGAAUCAGGUACAGACGUACAUUAGAGUUGAGGUUAGAAGUAGAAGUUACUGUAUUUGACCACAAGUGUUUAAAGAUGUCAGAGGGAGUCAAUGAAAUCUCAGAUAGAUUUGAAGACGAUGAGUCUGAUGCAACGAAGAACACAGACAUUGAUGACCAAAAUUAUUCCAACGUAAGAGCCUUCAAGUCCAGUCCAAGAGAUGGAGUUGUUGUUUCAGUACAUGUUCAGUGGUGGAAGAGACCCUCUGGAGUUGCUGUAUUGUGUCUGGGGCUGCUGUGUGUUCUCCUACUGGCUGGGAUCAUAGGCCUGUCUGUAUACUAUGGAGACAUUGGUCACCAGCUACAGUCCAGUUACAACAUCCUGACAAAAGAGAUAGACCAGCUACAGACCAGUUACAACAACCUGACUAAAGAGAGAGACCAGCUACAGUCCAGUUACAACAUCCUGACUAAAGAGAGAGACCAGCUACAGACCAGUUGCAACAACCUGACUAAAGAGAGAGACCAGCUACAGUCCAGUUACAACAACCUGACUAAAGAGAGAGACAAGCUACAGUCCAGUUACAACAACCUGACUAAAGAUAGAGACCAGCUACAGACUGAGAGAGAUUUUCUUAGUAGGAGGUCUUCCAAUCUCAAACAAACCUGUCCUGAAGGCUGGCAGAAGUUUGAAUCCAGUUGGUACUUCCUGUCUACUGAGACUAAAACCUGGAAGGAGAGCAGAGAGGACUGUCUGGAGAGAGGAGCAGACCUGGUGAUGAUAAACAGUGAUAAGGAACAGGAGUUUCUCUUCAAACUCAAGAAGACAGUCUGGAUUGGUCUGACUGACUCUGUUACUGAGGCGACCUGGAGAUGGGUGGACGGCACCCCACUGACCACCCCAAGGUACUGGUCUCCACAUCAGCCUGAUAAUGGUGAUGGCAAACCAGAAUAUGGUGAGGAGGACUAUGUUCAGAUACGUAACAAUCAGAGUCCUCUGGAGGCAUGGUAUGACAUAUCAUGUGGCAUCAAACUCGGCUGGAUUUGUGAGAAAGUGCUUUAACAUCACCAUGACAACAUACUGUAACACAUACAGUAGCCUACAGUCCACACAACUUCCUCCUUCAUUCUCUCUGUCUGUCUGUCUGUCUCUCUCUCUCUCUCUCUCACAGACACACCAUCACACACCCUCAUUCACACAUGCACUCGAACACAUGCAUGCACGUACACUAACGCACACACUCAUACCUAUUGUUGUAUUUGUUUGUGGUAUCAUUUUAAUAAAAGUCUUCAUUUUC